AUGUCCGAAUCCGUAGCCGUGGGGAUGGCGCCCGCAGCGGUCCUAAUGACCGAGCCAAAGGCACCUAGCCCAUGCUUAGAUUCUUCCAAUGGGGCUUCGGGGCCGACUCCAGAUAUCAUUGAUAUUCGACGGACGCUCGUCGAGAUGAAUCUAAAGGACGAGAUCUUCACCUUGUUUGAGCCUGCCGCCGGCCCGAGAAAACUACCAACACUUCUUCUAUACAAUGAGAAGGGGUUGCAGCUAUUCGAAGAGGUGAAUACAUCCCCCACCGCCCAUUCCCCGUCUAUAAGACGAGGACAGAUCACAUACCUCGAAGAGUAUUACCUUACCAAUUAUGAGAUCGACGUGCUCAAGCAGUCCGCCCAGGACAUUGCCUCAAGGAUUCCAAAGGGAGCCAUGAUCAUUGAACUUGGAAGCGGAAAUCUGCGAAAGGUCUGCUUGCUCUUGCAGGCGCUUGAGGAUGCUCAGAAGCAUGUCGAGUAUUAUGCCCUCGACCUCUCUAAACAAGAGCUCGAGAGGACUCUAGCCCAAGUCCCCGAUUUCCAAUAUGUCACUUGCAAGGGUCUUCUCGGCACUUACGACGACGGUCGAAACUUUGAUCGCCGCGAAGCGGCUGAUUUCCUGACAAGCUUCUCCUCGACCCUUGGUCCCUCUGACAUGAUGUUGAUUGGCGUGGAUUCUUGCGCGGACCCAGCCAAAGUCUACCAUGCGUAUAACGACAGACAAGGUCUGACUCACAGGUUCAUUCUCAAUGGUCUCUCCCAGGCGAACGAAGUCCUUGGGGACCAGAUUUUCGACGAGAACGACUGGAAGGUUAUUGGAGAAUACGUGUAUGAUGAGCAGGGUGGUGGCCACCGAGCGUUCUACUCGCCCAUACGGGACACUGUCGUUCUUGGCAAAGUUGUCCGCAGUUACGAGCGCAUCCAGGUCGAGCAGAGCCUCAAGUACUCGGCCGACGAACGGGACCGACUUUGGGCCACGGCUAGACUUACCGAGAUUGGCCAUUGGUCUAAAGGGGAUGAAUAUGGACUUCAUCUCUUACAAAAGCAGCCUGAUAUACUACGCAAUGCUUGCAUCUUUUAUCUCGGCCAUAUUCCAACCUUCCUCGACAUUCAGCUGACCAAGACAAGUGGGGAGGCCGCUACGGAGCCCGGGUAUUUCUGGGAUAUAUUUGAGCGCGGUAUCGACCCUGAUGUGGACAAUCCGGAGCUGUGCCAUGCCCACUCGAAGAUCCCGGAUGAGUGGCCCCCGGUAGAGGAGAUUAUCGCGUACCAGGAGGGCGUGCGGGCACGGCUUCGGAGAUUUUACCGUGACGGACCCUCUUCUAUCCCACGUGCUGUACAGAGAGGAAUCUGGGUGGGAUUUGAACAUGAAGCAAUGCACUUCGAGACCCUGCUCUACAUGAUGUUGCAGAGUGACAAGACUCAGCCGCCCCCGACGGCUCCUCGACCCGACUUUGAGGGUCUCGCCUAUAAGGCGCGUCAGUCUCGAGUUACCAACAUGUGGCAUGACGUGCCCGAGCAAGUGAUUUCGAUUGGCAUCGACGACCCAGAAGAUGGGACUGAAGAUUACGCCACUUACCUCUACGAAAACAACCUUGAUGGCGUUCCAGCAUCAUGGGCGAAUCUAGUGCAGAAGACUCCUUCGGAAGGCAGAAGUAGCAGGGACAGUAGCGCGCCGUCUGACUUGAUCAAAAAUAUCGCAGUAAGGACAGUGUACGGGCUGAUCCCGCUCGAGUAUGCUCUCGACUGGCCAGUCUUUGCCUCCUAUGACGAACUCUCCGGAUGUGCCGCAUGGAUGGGUGGGCGGAUCCCAACCUUUGAAGAGGCGCGGAGCCUCUACUCCUUUACGGAAAGAAGCGAGACCGAAAAGGCGGAGCAAACACUAGGAAAGACGGUUCCGGCCGUGAACAGAUCUAAAGAGAGAGACACAUGGGAACUGGCAUCCAACCCCGUCACCGACCGAGGCGACCGCCUCGGCGGCCAGGCCGCGAUGGGCGGGGUCUGGGAGUGGACAAGCUCGCCUCUGCGAAAGCACGAUGGCUUCGAGCCCAUGACACUCUACCCCGCUUACACGGCUGAUUUCUUUGACGAGAAACAUAACAUUGUGCUUGGCGGCUCGUGGGCCACCCACCCGCGGAUUGCUGGUCGGAAGUCCUUUGUCAACUGGUAUCAACGUAACUACAUGUAUGCCUGGGUCGGCGCCCGGUUAGUCCGUGACAAGCCUCAAGUUUGA